UUCGCCAACAAAUGGGCUACGGCGAUCGAUCGACAGCUGCUGCUACCUGGCGCGCACCGAGGAGGAUCAGCGGGGUCGCGUUUCCCGCCUAUGACACUCCACGAGGAAUUAAUAAUUAAAUGGUCUCGCCGUCUUUGCAGGUGGUCUUUACUGGUCUUUAGUAUCUAGUCGGUAUCUAGUCCACGCCGGGUCGGGCCGUCAUCGUCAUCAACGCCUACUACGACGCGCGGGCCUCUCGAGCGAGGUUCGCUCUCCCGCGACUCCCGCGCGAGCAAAGCAGUCCGCCGCGGAUCGCGAGCGGACAGUCCCGCGGCGUAUCGCGCGCGUCUCACGUUCGACCUACCGCGGCGAGAGAUUCGAACGGAGAAGAAAAAAAAAAGAGGGACGCGCGAGAAGAGGCGGUUUCCCCCCCAGCGGGGGUUAUCAUCGUCGUUCUCGACCCGGUCCGCGUGGGCUGUCAGUGUCGGAGGAUACGAGGCAACGCGAGGAGCGUGCGUGCCGAUCACCCCAUGCGGCCGCGAGGCAGCGGCCCGCGCGCUCGCGCCUCUCGCGUGCCGCGGUGUUCCGCGUGUCCGCGUCGUGCGUGCCCGCGUGCUGCGGCGUGACGGCGACGGCGGCGGCGACGACGGCGACGGCGACGGCGACGGCCCUCCGCUUCCUCGGAGUAACGCGCACGGAGUUCAUCUCCCGACGACGCGGUGAAAUGCCGACGAGCUGUCGUCGGCGGUGGCACGCGCGCGACGGCACAGCGAAAUGCGGCGAAAACGCGACCACGCACGGGCGCCGGCACAGUCAAUGCAACCAGCCAGGGGGAACCCCCGGGUUCCCAGUCCUGGACCGUUGCGACCGUUCACCCCGCCGGAUCUCUCUUCCAUACCCCAUAUGGACGACACACCCCUGCACAACGGCAGCGGCGGCAACAACAACAACAACAACAACAACGACGACGACGGCAGCGGCAACGCGUCACCCGUGGCCAACCGGGCGAACGACGACGCACAACAGGAAUCCACCGGGCCCUUCAUCAUCGGCAGUCCCAUCAAUCUCGGGGACAUCGAUAAUGUCGACAAUAUCGGCCUCCGUCUGGACCCGGUCACGCGCGGCAGCAGCAGACGGAGGAGGCGGGAGCACAUCGAGCUGCAGGAGACCGGCUCGCCGGACUCCGACGUUGGUCCGGUAAGGGCAGAAAAUGGUUCACAGGGCGACGAUCAACCAGCCGCGCAACAGAAUGACGGCGAGGAGAGAAUUAUUUUCGUCAAUGCCCCUCAUCAACCUGCGAAAUACAAAAAUAAUCACAUUACUACCGCGAAGUACUCAUUUCUGACGUUCGUACCCCUGUUUCUAUUCGAGCAAUUCCGCCGGUACAGCAACUGCUUCUUCCUGUUCAUUGCACUUAUGCAGCAAAUACCAGACGUGUCUCCGACAGGACGCUGGACAACAUUGGUUCCACUGAUCUUUAUUCUCAGCGUGUCCGCUUUGAAGGAGAUAGUCGAGGACGUUAAAAGGCACAGAGCGGACGAUGAAAUAAAUAUGAGGGAGGUGGAGGUGUUGAGGGAAGGACGCUGGCAGUGGAUACAGUGGCGCUUCGUUGCCGUCGGCGAUGUGGUUAAGGUCCACAACAACACUUUUUUUCCCGCCGACUUGAUUCUGUUGUCGUCGUCGGAGCCGCAAGGUAUGUCUUUCAUAGAGACCGCCAAUCUGGACGGCGAGACGAAUCUGAAAAUCCGACAGGCUCAUUCCGACACUGCCAAUCUCUUAGAUACCGCGGAACUCAUGAAUUUUCGCUCCAAUAUUCAAUGCGAACCGCCCAAUAGGCAUUUGUACGAGUUCCACGGAGUCCUACGGGAGACCAAUAAACAGAGCGUAGCUUUAGGGCCUGAUCAAUUGUUGCUCCGUGGCGCGGUGUUGCGGAAUACGCGGUGGGUAUUCGGUGUAGUCAUAUACACGGGACACGACACGAAACUUAUGCAGAAUAAUACUGCAACAGCGCCGUUGAAACGAUCCUCCUUGGAUCGGCUGAUCAACACGCAGACAUUGAUGCUAUUUUUCAUACUUCUUCUAUUGUGCAUUCUUUCUGCGAUAUUUAAUGUCGUGUGGACGAACGCCAACAAGCAGGGUCUAUGGUAUCUGGGAUUACAAGAUGAAAUAACUAAGAAUUUCGCUUUCAAUCUACUGACAUUUAUCAUUCUCUUCAACAAUUUAAUACCAAUAUCGCUGCAAGUGACGCUUGAGGUAGUGCGAUUUGUUCAAGCCACGUUUAUUAAUAUGGACAUAGAAAUGUAUCAUCCGGAAACAGAUACUCCAGCGAUGGCUCGUACGAGUAAUCUAAACGAGGAGCUCGGAAUAGUUAAAUAUAUAUUCACGGAUAAAACCGGCACCCUUACAAAGAAUGUCAUGGAAUUCAAACAAUGUUCAAUCGGUGGAAGAAUGUAUGAUUUGCCAAAUCCUUCAAACGGCGACGAAAGUACAAGCGAUAGCAAUUGCGAGUUGAUUAAGGACAUUAUGGAAGGAAGAUCCGUGCGAGACUUAUCGAAUCCUAUUGAUAAAAAGAAGGCAGAACACGCAAACAUACUUCACGAGUUCAUGGUCAUGUUGUCGGUUUGUCACACGGUUAUUCCAGAGAAAAUAGAUGAUUCCCUAAUUUAUCACGCUGCGUCUCCUGAUGAAAGAGCGCUGGUGGACGGGGCACGUAAAUUUAAUUAUGUGUUUGAUACGCGGACGCCCAGUUACGUGGAAAUCGUAGCUCUAGGCAACACGCUACGAUACGAAAUUUUGAACGUUAUAGAAUUUACUUCGGCGAGGAAGCGUAUGUCAGUGAUUGUGAAAACACCCGAGGGCAAGAUUAAGAUUUUUUGCAAAGGUGCCGACUCGGUUAUUUACGAGAGAUUGAUGUCGUCUUCUGUAGAAACUAGUGAUCUUGAUCCAGAGCACGCGGAUGAUUAUCGUGAGACGACUCUUCAACAUUUAGAAACUUUCGCUAGCGAUGGAUUGCGGACGCUUUGUUUCGCCGCCGCGGAUAUACCUGAAAACGUUUAUCAAUGGUGGCGCGAGUCAUACCAUAAAGCGUCGAUCAGUCUUAGGAAUCGCGAAAGUAUGUUGGAACAAGCUGCGAAUUUUAUUGAAGAUAAACUUACGCUAUUAGGGGCGACUGCAAUUGAAGAUCAACUACAAGAUCAAGUCCCAGAAACGAUACAGGCUUUUAUACAAGCUGAUAUUCAUGUCUGGGUAUUGACAGGAGAUAAGCAAGAAACCGCCAUAAAUAUUGGUUAUUCGUGUAAAUUAAUAACGCACGGGAUGCCACUUUACAUUAUUAAUGAAUCUUCUUUGGAUAAAACGAGGGAAGUUAUCAUCCAACGCUGUCUCGAUUUUGGCAUUGAUUUAAAAUGCAAAAACGAAGUGGCCCUAAUUAUAGAUGGCAGUACACUGGAUUAUGCUUUGUCUUGCGAUAUUAGGAUGGAAUUCUUGGAAUUGUGUUCAGCUUGCAAAGUCGUCAUCUGUUGCAGGGUGUCGCCAAUUCAGAAAGCUGAGGUGGUUGAUUUAAUCACGAGUAAUACGAAAGCAGUGACUCUUGCGAUCGGAGAUGGCGCAAAUGAUGUAGCUAUGAUACAAAAAGCUCACAUUGGCAUUGGUAUCUCGGGUGUAGAGGGUCUUCAAGCGGCCUGUGCUUCGGAUUACUCCAUUGCGCAAUUUCGUUUCCUGAAACGUCUCUUAUUCGUCCACGGCUCUUGGAAUUAUAGUAGAAUGUGUAAAUUAAUCUUGUACUCAUUUUACAAGAAUAUUUGUUUAUACGUUAUCGAAUUGUGGUUUGCCAUUUAUUCCGGCUGGUCCGGACAGAUUCUCUUCGAGAGAUGGUCCAUUGGACUUUACAACGUGGUUUUUACCGCUGCGCCUCCACUAGCUAUGGGUCUCUUUGAUAAAGUAUGUUCCGCGGAAACUCACCUGGCUCAUCCGGGACUGUACGCGACGAAAAAUAACGGCGAAACAUCCUUCAAUAUUAAGGUAUUUUGGGUAUGGAUCAUGAAUGCGCUAAUUCAUUCAGCACUGUUAUAUUGGCUGCCGUUAAUGGCUCUGAAACAAGAUGUAGCUUGGGCAAACGGUAGAGACGGCGGUUAUCUUUUAUUAGGAAAUUUCGUCUAUACCUAUGUUGUAGUAACGGUAUGCGCGAAGGCGGGUCUAAUAAUAAACUCGUGGACAUGGGUCACUCACUUGGCGACAUGGGGAUCUAUUAUACUUUGGUUCUUAUUUAUUCUUAUAUAUAGUAAUUUUUGGCCCGUCUUGAAUGUUGGCGCUGUGAUGUUAGGAAAUGACAGAAUGUUAUUUUCUUCGCCUGUCUUUUGGCUGGGACUUAUAUUAAUACCAAUCGCGGUAUUACUCCUGGAUAUUACAGUAAAAGCAGUGAAGAAUACGGUUUGGAAAUCCGUAACGGAAACAGCGCGAGAGAAUGAAAUUAGGAAAUCUGAUCCUGGUGAUAUAUUCAACAAUCAAGAUUACAGAAGCUCAUUGACCGAGACGGCGAGGCUGCUGAAAAAUGUUAAAAGCGUUUUCACCAGGCGCUCGAACGCCGCCUCCAGAGUCAGUGUCGAGGUGGAGCUAUCACAGACUAAUGAAUUGCGACAUUUGUUAUUGCGCAUGCUGCGCGAUGCAGAUGGUUUCGCGUUCUCGCAAGAGGAGGGUGGCUCGGUGACUCAGACGGACGUGAUCAGAGCCUACGACACGAAUCUUCCGAAACCAGGCGGUAUGUGAUUUAAGCGGGGCGGCCGCCGUGCGGCGAGAUGAUGUCGGCUGCUCUUCCAAGCGGCCUGAGAGCAAGCGGAGAGACCCUCGCGGCUCUGCGUUUUACUCGACUGACACGGGAGGAGGGAAUUGUCAGGACGACGAACGACAUCGGGAUCAGAUCGACGACAGGGGCUUUGAGGACCGGAGAAAACUCGAGAGGGAAAAAAUUCCUAUCCUUCAAUCGGUCGUGUUUCGCUAAGUUAGAAUUUGACCGAUCCUAACGAAAAUGGCCUUUUAAUCGAACGACUGAUUCACUAAUUUUAUUUCGCCGGAUUUAUUGCUGGACAGAAAGGGAAUUGUAUGUACAGUUGUAACUUGACACGUCGCGUCUGGAACGGACGCGACUAAUUUAACAAAUCGAUAUAACGUUAAUAUUUGAAGCGAAGAUUCCUCUUUGAAUUUUACUGCGAUCCAUUUUUGCAGAAAGGCUACUCUGAUAUUAGCGCGAACAAUUAUUUUGAUACUCCGUGAAAUUUUAUUCUAAUAUGUCGAGUAGAUAUUUCGUCCUCUUGAACUAUCGGGUAGUAUCCGCGGAUGCAUUUCGCUCGCACGAUGCAUUUGGAAACGCAUUUCGCGUUAGCAUCAAAAUCGCGUGCGCAGUUCUAUGAUUAAAAGAUAAAAAGAAGAGAAAAAAACCGCAUCUAUUCUCGCACGAGCAGAAUGCUGCUCUGCUUCUUUUUGAGGAACAAAAAUUAUGUGUAUUGCGCACGUUGUAAUUGCGAUCUUAUAUGUGUAUAUAUUUGUUUUAUACGUAAGUAGAUUUGUCAUGCGGGAUAAUUGUCCCGUGGGAUCAUUCGAGGGAUCUUUUUGGAAUUACAAGUACCUCUAUAUUAUAUAUAUAUAUUAUGCGUCUAAAAGAAAAUUUGUAUUUCGAAAAUUGGAGCUUCGGCGAUCGCGACACGAUGGAGGAUUACGUUCGAUUUCGUGCCAGAAAAAGACUGUUUCCCUUGUCCGAUAUAUGUGUAUAUUAUGUUUUUUAUCUUUUCUUUUAAAUCAAGAACGUAGAUAUUUCAUUGUACAUACACAAAACUGUGUUAUCUAGUCAGAUUCUGGUACCUAUCAGUUCAGAGAUUCACUUUUCUAAUCGUUACAAUUCACUUUUUUUAAGUUUAUGACUAAGAAAUUUAAUAGAGAAAUGUAUAUAUGUUUAUAUAUAUGUAUAUACAUAUAUAUACAUAUGCAAUAUAUUCAUGUAUAUAUAUAUGUAUACACGUAUUAUAUGCAUAAUACGUGUAAAAAAUAACAAUUGUAUACAUUAUGUUCGGAAUAAAACAGUGAUAAAGAAA